CGGUCCCCCGCUUAGCAGUCCUCAGCUUAGCUCGGCGGAAUCGUCGCGGCAACUCGCGGGAUGUCCGACUGAUCCUUCCGCAGUGGAAGUGGACAGCGCGCGUCGGACACGCGCGCGCGCGCAAGUGGAGGAGCUGCACGUCGUCGGUCGUCCUGCGUACGACGGACAGAGAGAGAGAGAGAGAGAAAGACAGAAACACAGACAGGAGAGAGACAGGCAACACAGCGAGAGAGUGGUGAACACGACAAUUCCGCGCGCGACUAUCUUUCUUUCUUUCUUUCUUCCUUCCUCCCUCCCUCUCUCUCUUUCUCUCUCUCUCUCUCUCUCUCCCUCUCUUUUUCUCUCUUUCUUCCUCUUUUUCUCAUUCUCGCACCUUUCGAUUUCUACAAAAGUGAUUCUGUGACUCGUGAUAGAGAAGACUAACCGGGCGACUAACCCCCCUCACGGAGCGACGCUACGCUCAAUCGCGCACGCACGCGCGCUCUCUCUUUCUCUCUCUCUCUUUCUUUCUCUCUCUCUCUCUCUCUAUCUAUCUCAUCAGACACGAGGGGUUGUCGGUGGAAGAAGAUCGUCCCCCAGGGUGCCAUGGCAGUCAACGCGAGGAUGGAUCGGAAGAUAACGCUGUACAUCUCCGUCUGGAUGCUGGCGGUGGUGACGCUGAGGUGUCAGGCGACCGCCAAUCACGAGAACGCGGAAGUGGACGGCAACUCCGAGGAUUCUGUUAUCGACGAUACGACCGAGGAUUAUUGGGCGAGCAGCGGAUCGGGCCCCGACGAGGAUGAAUCCCUUCAUAACGAAACCAGAGAAGCGUUGACUCACGAGGCCAGCGACCACGAUGCUGUCGUGUACGUCGGCGACGGGGGCGCUUACGUGCCGGUGCCGUCGCUGAAGAACCGACCGCUGAGCCCGAAUCUCCAAGCUCUCCAGACUCUGCAAGGUCUGCAAGGACUCGCCACAGGCAGCGGCACGGGGGUGGCCGGCGACGAGGACUGGAGGAGACACCCGGAGACUUGGGACCGCGAGCACCGCAGAUACCGGCCCAACACUACGAGGGUGCAACAUAUCGAAGCGGAGUGCCAAGACGACUACAUGAAAAUCAGAAUUGGAUUCAACGGAUCUUUCACCGGCCUCUUGUACUCGGCAGGAUACUCGUACGACCCCGACUGCAUGUACGUGAACGGGACCGGCCGCGACUACUACGAGUUCUACAUUCAGCUGAAUCGCUGCGGCACCCUCGGCGAAAACACUCAUCACCAGGACAGCAGGAAAAAUCCGACGAAGAACCUCAUGUGGAACACGGUCACGGUGCAGUACAAUCCGCUGAUCGAGGAGGAGUUCGACGAGCACUUCAAGGUGACGUGCGAGUACGGCUACGACUUUUGGAAGACGGUGACGUUUCCCUUUCUUGACGUCGAGGUCGCCACGGGAAAUCCCGUAGUCUUCACCCUACAGCCUCCGGAGUGCUACAUGGAAAUCAGAUACGGUUACGGGACCACUGGAACUAGAGUGGCCGGACCAGUUCGCGUCGGCGAUCCUCUGACUCUCAUUAUCUACAUGCGCAGCAAAUACGACGGCUUCGACAUCGUCGUGAACGACUGCUACGCGCACAACGGCGGCAACAAGAGGAUCCAGCUGAUCGAUCAAUACGGCUGUCCGGUCGACGACAAACUGAUCAGCAGGUUUCGCGGCUCCUGGUCGGAGAGCGGCCUCUUCGAGACGCAGGUGUUCGCUUAUAUGAAGACCUUCAGGUUCACGGGCUCGCCGGCCCUGUACAUCGAGUGCGACGUUCGCAUGUGCCACGGGAGAUGUCCGAGCCAACCCUGCCACUGGAGAAACGCGAAGAACGUGGCGAAGCGAUCGGUGCCGGAAAUGAUCGGCGGACCGUCGACGCCGGCAACCAGUUUGUCGGAGAACGUGAAUCUCUUCCAGUCUCUGCGCGUUCUUCAGGAAGGCGAGGCGGACACGGAACUGUUCCAGAAUUCCACCAGCGCCUCGCGCGCCGGACUCAGCGAGCCGACGACCGACCGAGUGUGCCUGAGAUCGUCCGUCGCCAGCACGAUAGUGGGCCUCGGCUGCGGCUUCUUCUGCAUCAUGGCCGGCACGAUAUUGGCCAUGUGCUCGCGAAUGCGGCGGCAGGCGCGCGAAAAGUUACUGUCGGACAGCAUCAGUUACAUGACGCACAAGGGACGGAUUAAUUAAGCCGCGGCGCGCGCGCAAAAAUUCUCCCUC